AUGUCUCGCUCGAUAAUAAUAGAUAAAUGUGCCUCCGAUUAUUAAUUACGAAAGAUGAAACAGAGAAGAGUAAAAGGAUGAUUCACAUCUCAGCAGUCAUAAAAGCAGACCACUGAACGGUGUGUCUGAUACGAAGCUCUCGUAGAAAUUUUUGUGUUUGUAUAUACAUUUGCACAUAAUAGAGUGAGCAGGGGAUUUCGAGAGUUCAUCAUUUCGUUAGCAAUAUCGAGAUUUGCUCAUGUAUAUAUUUAUGACGUGCUUUCGUUGAUGAGAGGAAUUUUUCUACAUUUAUUUAUAGUUCGUGUACAGUGAAACGUUAUAAAAAAGAAUGGCUUGUCUGCUGUCGAAUCCAGAAAAUAUCGAAAUUACGAUACCCAGCGUAGAAACUUUGGACGGUGUGACGUAUUACAACAUCGAGGUUAGAAUAGCCGAAGUAAAAUGGAAACUGAAGCACAGAUACAACGAAUUCGCUGAAUUACAUGAGUAUUUGGUUACGGAACACUGUGUCGAAAAGGAUAUACUACCACCGAAAAAACUCAUUGGCAACAAGAGCGAAACUUUCAUCGAAAAACGACGAAUUGCUCUGGAAAGCUAUCUCAAUGCAGUUUAUCAUUAUCUCAAAAAAACUAUGCCCAGGGAAUUUGUCCUUUUCUUAUACCUUCAUCAAUACGAUAUAUUUUUUAUACUCCAAAACAUGGCACUGGUAUUUUUUACCCAAGGCGAUAGUCUUUUGGAGUUAUCCAAGAGCUACGCUUUCACACCACUUCAGUUAUAUGCCAUCAGUGAGCGACUCAAACAACCCUGUCCCCCACUGGAGGUAGUGGAUAGAAAGUUUGAUUUCAGUCAUGUUCUUGAUUAUAAUUCUCAUUUGAAACAUCUGACAAUAGAGGCAACAUCAAUAUAUUUUGGCACCAGUAACAUAGAGCUUUCAACUUUGCCGAUAGAGUUGUCAACUUUUAAGAGCGUCGAGACACUGGUGGUGGAUAAUUAUCCGAUGGAUAAAAUCUAUGGAAUGGGCAACAUGAGAGAUACCGUUAAGCAUUUGGAAGUGCAUAACACGUCGCUUCGUAACAUUGUAGAAUUUGCAAUGUGCGAAGAAGUUCACAAGAGGAUUGCGAGUGCGAAUGAUUCACACGUGUGGCUCAAACUUUCGCAUCUCGAUCUCAGCAACAAUCGUAUCAAAGAGAUAGACGAAGCUAUAAAAUUACUGCCGCACAUAGAAACUCUCAUACUGAACAACAAUUUAUUGACUGAAAUAUCAAACGUUACACUGUUACCACGACUCUCACAAUUACACCUGGGCUCGAACAGUUUUAGCAAAUUACCAAACAAUUUGCACACGAAAUUGGGUAACAUUGUUUACAUGGAUUUGUCGCAGAACAAAUUGACGUCACUCGCGAGUUUUUCCAAACUCUAUUCGCUCGAAGGCCUCGACGUAAGCUGCAAUAGAAUCGAGAACAUCGAGGAGGUCAAGAAUAUUGGACACUUGCCGUGUUUGGAGAAUUUGAGGCUCACGGGUAAUCCCGUUUCUACGAUAGUUGAUUACAGGGUCAAGGUCCUAGAACCUUUUGGCAAACGCGCUGCUGACAUUUGCCUCGACAACGAGAGACCCAAUCAGAAAGAACUCGAUACCGUCGCUGUCCUUCAAGCACUUAGAAUCGCCCGCGAAGGCAAAUCUCCGACUUUCAAUCCCACAGAUUCGUCACUCUUCGCUGCUGAAAUACCCAGCACUUAAACCAAAAAUUCACGCGUUCUCGCUCUUUUCGAUUUUCCAAUGCGGUGCUUUUUGACUCUCCCUUUAUACUCAUCCACAGUUUCUUUUUUUCCUUUUGAGCGUACAUCUACUGUCAAUGUUUUUUGUACUUGGUCAUUUUUGCCAUCAUUCAAACCUUUGAAUUUUAAUUAUUCAAACAUCUGUUUGACGGUACUGAAAUUGAAAAAGGGAACUGAAUUGCUCCGUUGACGAACCUGAGUUUUUAGAAUUCCUAAAUAUCAAAUGAUCCAUUUAUUUCCCUUCGCUUCGUUUAAGUAAUCAAUCAUUUUUGUAAUCGCAACGAUUACAAAUAUUUCGGCCACAGAAAAGCCACAGCUUUUUCUACUCACAGCGAGACUAUCUAUUAAGAAUACGAAUGUAAAUAUUCAUAAAGCACGAGCAAGAAAUAAGUUUAUUGAACACACACUCAAGGGGCUCGAACAAAACGAAACAUUUUCAUCACUACACAAUUCUGAGAAUUAGAAUUGCGAACAAAUGAGAAAAAAAUAUCAAAAGUUUUUCAUCAAGUAUAAUUUUUGUCAUUAACAAAUUACGAGUUACAGUUUAAUCAUACUAACGGAGGGGGGGGGGGGGGGGCAAAGAAAUGCAUUCAACGAUGCAUGUAAUCAUCAUUCUUUCUGAUCACUCUUGCAACCAAAAUUUUGUAAGUUAUUUUUCGCUUGGGAAAGCUCUAUCGUGCGUGAGAUUCGAUAUUCACUCAACAGUAUCUCUGAUACCAAAUAAUUAUAGUGAGAGAUACAGUCACAAGAUAAAAUAUCAAAUAGUAUAUUUUGAAAAAAAUAAAAAUCACUUCUUACCAAGUACAUACGAGAGUUUCGAAGAAUACUUCUUACAAGUAUGUGAAUAAGGUCGAUAAGAGAAGAAAAAAAGGGAAUGUAAGGUUUUCCUCGAAUCGACGUUCGAGUGUCGAUAAGCAUUGUAUUAAUUGAUGCAUGAAUUUUUUACAUAACGAUGGAUAAUUCAAUGAGUAAGAAUCCACUGUACAUAAGAUGACAAAUUAUUUUGUUAAUAAAUUCAAUAAGCUGUGAUACUCAUGAAAA